AAAUUUAUCCUCUGAAAUUUGUCAUAUCAGUUAAAUCAUAAAUGUAUUUCAUUAUCGCAUAGCUCAUGUUACAGUUAUUAAUCGUUUAAAAAAUAAAAAUAUUGACAGAUUCUUUUAAUUUUUAUAUCUAUCAAUGUUAAUACAAUCAGAUAAUUAUAAAUAAUGGACGUGGGUGAAUCUCUGGAUCCAAAAGAAUUAAAAGUUACCCUUGAAACAUAUAAAAAAUUGGCAAAUGAUUUUGCAAAUCAUGACACAAUUUUAAAGGAUAAAACAGUUUUGUCAUAUGUAGCAUACGUUUUAGAAGUACCAGAUUUUGAAAUUAUUAAUUUGAGUUUAGAUAUUUUGGAAUUAUUUGUUAAAAACGUGGAUAACUAUGUACAUAUAACCUCUACUUUUGGAGUUCGUGAAGCUUUGGAUGCAAUUAUAAAUAAGUAUAAUAUAGAUGAACCAAAGAUAUCUAAACGAGCACAAUGUAUAAAAGAUGAUAUAGAAAGAAUGAAACCACCAAUAUAUAAUUUACGUAGCAGAUGUAGAAGAGUUAUAGAACCUAAAAAAUUAAAAACUCAUGUAAUAGUGUUACACAUUCAAGGUUUAUUACCGGAAACUCGUGCAGAAUUAGAAGGAAUAUUAAUAAGAAUCAAUGGAUUAGUUUCUCUUGUAGUUGAUGUAGAACAUCAACGUGUUACAAUGCGUACUUUAAGUUAUGUUACUGCAAAACAAAUUGCAGAAGCUAUACAAAGAAAUUCAGAGAAUAUGGAAGCAAGAUUAGUAACAAGAAAUAAAUACAAUCAAGAAUAUCUUGUUAAAUUGAUUCAUACAGGAAAUAAUGGUGAUACUGAAGAUAUGCCAGAUUAUUUACCUGAAGAAGAUGAGCAAGAAAAUGAAAAAGAGGGAGUUGUAUCAUUACUUACUGGAUUAAGACAAAGUGCAUCAUCAUUGUAUAAAUCCACUGCUGAAUUUCUGCAUAAUUCAUUUUAUUGGUAAAUUUAUAAGCUCUAGUAUAAUAAAUAUUAUUUUUUAUUCUAUUA